AUGGCUGGGGCCAUCAUCGAGAACAUGAGCACCAAAAAGCUGUGCAUUGUCGGGGGGAUCCUGCUGGUUUUCCAAGUCAUCGCCUUUCUGGUGGGAGGUCUGAUCGCUCCCAGCCCCACUACAGCUGUUCCUUACGUGUCAGUGAAAUGCAUUGAUAUAAGAAAAAACCACCACAAAACCAAGUGGCUAACGCCCUGGGGACCCAACCACUGCGAGAAGAUCAAAGACUUCGACGAGGCGAUGAGCAGGCAGAUAGAAGCCAAUGAUAUCGUGUUUGCCGUGCACGUUCCCCUCCCCAACAAGGAGAUGAGCCCUUGGUUCCAGUUCAUGCUUUUCAUCAUGCAGCUGGACAUCGCAUUCAAGAUGGACAAUGACCUAAAAGAAAACGCAGAAAUUACCCUGGAUGUGUCAUUAGCAUAUCGCGAUGACAUGUUUGAUGAUUGGGAAGAAAUAGCACAUGCAAUAGAGAUCAGGAAGCUGAAAUGCACGUUUGGCUCACCAAAAACCCUGGAGUCUGAAGGCCGUCACUAUGACUGUGACUUCCUUCCCUUCAUGGAGAUCGGCAGCGUGGCUCACAAGUACUACCUCAUCAACAUCCGUCUCCCCGUGAACGAGAGAAAGGGAAUUAACGUGGGCAUUGGGGAAAUCAAGGAUAUCCGCCUUGUGGGCAUUCAUCAAAAUGGAGGCUUUACAAAAGUGUGGUUUGCCAUGAAGACCUUCCUCACCCCCAGCGUUUUAAUUAUCAUGGUCUGGUACUGGAGACGGAUCAUGCUGAUGACACGUGCUCCUGUCCUGCUGGAGAAGGUCAUCUUUGCUCUGGGAAUUUCCAUGACGUUCAUUAACAUCCCCGUAGAGUGGUUUUCCAUCGGAUUUGACUGGACUUGGAUGUUGCUCUUCGGAGACAUUCGACAAGGCAUUUUCUAUGCCAUGCUCCUGUCAUUUUGGAUCAUCUUCUGCGGAGAGCACAUGAUGGACCAGAAUGAGCGGAAUCGUCUCUCAGGGUACUGGAAGCAGGUUGGACCCAUAGCUGUUGGCUCCUUCUGCCUCUUCAUCUUUGACAUGUGCGAGAGGGGAGUGCAGCUGAAGAACCCCUUCUACAGCAUCUGGACCACCGAAGUUGGCACAGAGCUGGCUAUGGCCUUUAUUAUAGUCGCAGGAAUCUGCUUGUGUCUCUAUUUUCUCUUCCUGUGUUUUAUGGUCUUCCAAGUGUUCAGAAACAUCAGUGGAAAGCAGUCAAGCCUCCCAGCCAUGAGCAAGGCUCGCCGCCUUCAUUACGAGGGGCUGAUUUUUAGGUUCAAGUUCCUGAUGCUCAUUACCCUGACUUGUGCAGCAAUGACAGUCAUCUUCUUCAUCGUGAGCCAGGUGACUGAAGGCCACUGGAAGUGGGGGGACAUAACAAUACAAGCGAACAGCGCCUUCUUCACCGGCAUCUACGGGAUGUGGAACCUCUAUGUCUUUGCCCUAAUGUUCCUGUACGCGCCAUCACACAAGAAUUACGGUGAAGACCAGUCAAAUGGUGACCUGGGAGUAAACAGUGGAGAAGAGCUUCAGCUCACCACCACCAUCACCCACGUGGAUGGGCCAACGGAGGUUUAUAAGCUGGCUCGCAAGGACGCUCAGGAGUAA